GGGAAAAGGAAGUGAGAACGUUGCGAACGUAAGGAACGUAUCUGGAAUGGAGAAGGCUAGGAACAGAUAAAGCAUUAAGCGGAAGUGACGCUAUCCUUGCUCAGGGCGGAAGUUCCCCGCCCCACCCGUAAGAAUUAGGGUUUGACUUGAGACAAGUAAGGAUCUUGCCCGGUCUCGAGUUGUCCACGGCUCCUCCUCCUCCUGUCGCUGCGGGCGUGAUUCCUGGGACUCAGAUGGACCACACAUCCCCGACCUACAUGCUUGCUAACUUAACCCACUUACAUUCUGAACAACUUCUACAAGGCUUGAAUCUUCUUCGUCAACAUCACGAACUCUGUGACAUCAUUCUUCGAGUAGGUGAUGUUAAAAUUCAUGCUCACAAAGUGGUACUUGCCAGCAUCAGCCCGUAUUUCAAAGCUAUGUUCACUGGAAACCUCUCUGAAAAAGAGAACAGUGAAGUUGAGUUUCAGUGCAUAGAUGAGACUGCUCUCCAGGCCAUUGUGGAAUAUGCCUAUACAGGGACUGUUUUUAUUUCACAAGACACAGUUGAAUCUCUCCUUCCAGCAGCAAACCUACUGCAGAUAAAACUUGUCCUGAAAGAAUGUUGUGCAUUUCUUGAAAGCCAACUUGAUCCUGGUAAUUGUAUUGGAAUUUCUCGUUUUGCAGAGACGUAUGGUUGCCAUGACCUUUAUUUGGCAGCCACUAAAUACAUAUGCCAGAAUUUUGAAGCUGUUUGCCAGACUGAAGAGUUUUUUGAGCUCACUCAUGCUGAUUUGGAUGAAAUCGUUUCCAAUGACUGUUUGAAUGUAGCUACUGAAGAGACUGUUUUUUAUGCACUCGAGUCUUGGAUCAAGUAUGAUGUCCAAGAACGCCAGAAGUACUUAGCUCAGCUACUUAACAGUGUGCGAUUACCGUUGCUCAGUGUUAAGUUUCUCACUAGAUUAUAUGAAGCAAAUCAUCUUAUUCGUGAUGAUCGCACUUGUAAACAUCUUUUGAAUGAAGCUCUGAAGUACCACUUUAUGCCGGAACACAGACUGUCUCAUCAGACAGUCUUGAUGACACGACCUCGCUGUGCUCCCAAAGUACUUUGUGCAGUAGGAGGAAAAUCUGGACUGUUUGCCUGUUUAGAUAGUGUGGAGAUGUACUUUCCUCAGAAUGACUCUUGGAUUGGUUUGGCACCCCUAAACAUUCCUCGCUAUGAAUUUGGAAUAUGCGUUUUAGACCAAAAAGUGUAUGUUAUAGGUGGUAUUGAAACUAACGUGCGUCCUGGCAUCACUAUCAGAAAACAUGAAAAUUCAGUAGAAUGCUGGAAUCCUGAUACAAAUACCUGGACUUCUCUCGAGAGAAUGAAUGAGAGUCGAAGUACCCUUGGAGUAGUGGUGCUUGCAGGAGAACUUUAUGCUUUGGGUGGUUAUGAUGGACAGUCUUACUUGCAAUCUGUAGAGAAGUAUAUUCCCAAAGUAAGAAAAUGGCAACCUGUGGCACCCAUGACUACGACAAGAAGUUGUUUUGCUGCAGCAGUGUUGGAUGGAAUGAUAUAUGCCAUUGGAGGGUAUGGUCCUGCCCACAUGAACAGUGUGGAGCGUUACGAUCCAAGUAAAGACUCCUGGGAGAUGGUUGCAUCUAUGGCAGAUAAAAGGAUUCACUUUGGUGUGGGUGUCAUGCUAGGCUUUAUUUUCGUGGUGGGUGGACAUAAUGGUGUUUCACAUUUGUCAAGCAUUGAAAGAUACGAUCCUCAUCAAAAUCAGUGGACUGUGUGCAGACCAAUGAAAGAACCCAGAACAGGAGUUGGUGCUGCAGUAAUUGAUAACUACCUUUAUGUAGUUGGUGGUCACUCAGGGUCUUCAUAUCUGAAUACCGUGCAGAAAUAUGACCCUAUCUCAGAUACGUGGCUGGAUUCAGCUGGCAUGAUAUACUGUCGCUGCAAUUUUGGACUCACUGCACUUUAACUAGUGUGGACUUGUGGAAAUAGUGUAGUGACGGACCUCGUGACGCAUGAGAGGAUGCCCAGGUUUCUGAAGCCGCAAAGCUACACUGCUUUCUUUUUAACUUAAAAUGGCAUGAAGACUCAAAGUUUCGUUGGGUACUUUGAACUGACAAGUAGCUUUGAUUGCUCUUGAUUACAUAGUGAAUCAGUAAUCCAAAAAAAAAAAACCACAAAAAACAAAGAUCUUGCCAACUGAAUUGUGCACUUUUUUUUUCCUAAUACUGGGAUAGAAUAGUUUUAUGUUCAUAAGUGUACAUGUGGAAAAACCCUUGCUGCUUUUUAAAAAAAUUUAGCUUUCUUCCUUCUCCUUGUCGUGCACCAUGGUGAGAGAUGCUUAGAUGCUGGAGUAUACUGAGUCACUCACCAGACAGCGCUGAUACGUCUGUUGGAUAUAAACUCAGAUGCUUCACAUUUUAAACAAAGGGCUGCUCCCCACCCCACCCCACCCCGCUAUUUUUAAGGGUUGUAAAUUAUACACCAUAGUGAAUCACCUGGAUUUUCUUCCUGCUAAAUGGCUUUAGGGCUGGGGAUAUAAUAAGUUUCCAAGAUAAAUGCAUUUACUAUCAUGAUUUGGAGUCCUAUUUAAGCAAUCAGAUAUUUACUGUGUAUGCCUUUUUUAUAUGGGCAGGUUAAUGCUGGAUGAAUUUAGUUACCCAUCUAUGCUAUGCUAAGCACGGAUAGAAAGAGUUACGCAUAUCCGUUUCAAUUUCUUUUUAUAGAAGUACGGCAGGCUUCCCAGUGUUGAUGUAAAUAUUUGACAAAUGUUGCCACCCUUAGUGCACAUUGAGUUUUUUCAUGUAACCUUACAAUAAUUUUAGUUUUUUAAGACUUUUGUUUGCUUUUUCAAAGUGUUCAGAUAUAAAAAUGGUGCUAACUGUAGGAUCUGUUAUAAGGCUGUGACAUGUUCUUUUGGAUGUUAAAUAUGAAAUAUGCAUGACAUGUUUUUAUAGUAUUUUUCAUUUUUACUAGCUUGGUUCAUUUGUGCUUAUUAAAAAUGUUGGUGAUUAUACUAAUAUUUACAUCCAAAAAUUAUUCAAGCAGCCUAUGUUAUGCUUUUCAUGGUUCCUGAAUAGUGAUUUAAAGAUAUACUUUGUCUUUUUUUUUGUUGUGCUGGAUGUUAUAUGCCCUUCUUAAAAACAGAAAUAUAUGCAUUAAAUAUAAAGCACUAGGCAGUUAAGCAUUACCUUAUACAUUUCUUAGGUAACUGAAUAUUUUAAAGUUAUUGAGGAAAACUGGAACUCGAUGUUUACUUGAGUAAUGGUUCUAAUUCAGUUCUCCUUUGACUAAAGAAAUGAUCUUUUAAAGUAAAAUUGUUUGCUAUAAACUAAAUGACAGCUUAUUUAAAAGAACUGACUAAUUCAUUUUGUUUUGCAUGUUUUAGUAAAUGUCUGUUAAUCUUGAAUACGUUACUUUGCAUUAGAGUGUUGGUACUUGUAUUUUUGGUACUGUAGUAAUUUUGUUUUCCUUAUUUUUUUCUUUCGUUUUUCUUUUUUAAGACUGCCCACUGUCUCUUUCAUAGUCUCUUUAAAACUAAUAUAUAUUUGUCUUAAAAAAAAAUUCAUACUAUAUUCUUAAGUGCCAUAAUGUUCUGAACUAUUGUUAAGAAGCCAUUUAUAAUGAUAAUACAUAGGUUCAUUUUUAGGAUAUGUGUUAUUUCUUGAAAACUACUUAUAGCCGGGCAGUUUUCCAUUUUCCUUGUUCUUCCAUAAACUGCCAGUUGUAGAUUUAAAUACAUACUACAAAACUAUGUGAACUCAUCUUUAAUAAUAUAGGUAGUUUCAUGCUUUAUAAAUAUUUGCACAGAUUAUAAAACCUUGCAAGUGAAUUUUAGUCUCUUUCUAAUUAAGAACUCAACAAGAGCUACUAAUAAAAUUGACAGGCUGAAUAUUUUCUAUGUUGCUUGUUUGAAUAACUUAAUGAUAUAGAGCAAUAACUUUUUCAUUGAUUUGAAUAAAUCUGUUGAAUAGAAACAAGGUGCACUAUUGUGACUGGCCUAGAUUUCAUUUAAAGAAAGCAGUUUAAAGCAGUUGAAAACAGAUUGCAUCACGCGCGUAAUUUUAAAUCCCCAACUCGACUUUCUUUCUGUUUAUAUCAGUCAAAAGAAUUUUUUCUUGAUAAUACUAAAAAUGUUAAUCAGUUGUUAAAUACAUCCUAUUCCAAGUUUUUAAUUCCCUCUCCCCAUCAGAUAAGGGAAUUUGAAGGACUAGAAAUUUAUUUUAAUUGUAAACCGAUCUAUAGUAUACCUCUCAUUUUCACAAUGUUUUCUGUACAUAUCAUUCCCACUGUCGUGUUAUUAUAAAAUAUAUAAUCAUUUGGUAAAUUAGACCAAAGGCAUAAGUUGAUCAUUGUUUUGGAACAACCUAAAUUUCAUCUCAGUGAAGACUAAAUGUGAAACAUCUUGGGCAAUAGUACGAGCCAUAUCCUAGAGAACCAAUUAUAAGAACCUGGGAAAAGGAAGAGAAAAAACCCUCAAAUUUAGAAAUAUUUAUGUUAGGCUUGCUAAACCUACUUUACUGUCAUAACAACCAGAGGUAUCGUGACCUGACAGCUGAUAACAGAAUAGACAGCUGAUAACCUUAGAAUAGAGCCUUCUUGUUUACAUUUGUGAGAAGUUUCAUCAUGAAUACUUUACUGACAAAUUGUGAAUUUAAAGCCACAUUUCUUUACGUUAAAAAGGGUCAAAAUGUUUUAGUAUAAAUUCCCAGGACUGAAGAUUUUAGAAAUAAUUUUGUACACUCAAGGAAAGGAAAAGGCUAUUUAAGAUUGCCUAAACUAUUUUGGAAAAAAGUACAGUGGGAAAUAGAAAUUAAUCCAAUCAGCUAGAAGACAGUUGCCCUCUGUAAUUAUGAUAAGACUUAAUCUGUUAGGAAUUUUUUAGCCAUUUAAUAUUUGUUGACUAUAGUCAUAGAACUCAAGUGAUUAAUGUAGUCCAAAGGAUAGUUUAGUUAUGUAAUUUCCACGUUAUUGCUAAUAUUGUUUUACACAUGAAUGAAUAUUACAUUAUAGGAUGUACUAUCAAGUAAUAGAAUGGCAUUAGGUUUUGUAAAGUUAUUUUGGUAACUUGACGAAUAUGGAGGGUCUACUAUACAUACAAGAUACUGUGCUAGAUGCUAUGGGAGCUAGGAAUAUAAAGCAAAUAUAGCCUCCAUUCAAAGAGUAAAAUAUAGUGAGGGAGACUUAUACCCAAGUAACUGUUAUGGUAAACGGUGAAUCUAAUUCCUUAUUUCCAACAUCAUGAGAAGUGAUCAGAGAUCCAAUUUAUGUAUAAACAUUUGUGUCUUCUAGUGUCCAAUUAGGUUUUAUUGACAUGACAUAAAAUAGAAUUAUGUAAAAAACUAAUAUUUAUGUAACUCCAGCUUUCCUAAAAUUGGAUAAUAUAUUUUCUAGUAGAAAUACAGAACUAUAGAAAAUUUUAAAAAUAUUUAUUAUGCUUUCAAGGCUCUGGCUGACUUUGAAGGAAAAAAUAUGUAAAUAUAAUGCUGUGUGUUUUCAGUUUUGGUGUUGGAUUUCUGGUAUCGUCACCUAAGUGCUCAUUUUCAGGAAAAUCAGAUUCUACAAUAAAUAUACUGCUUCAAGUUCAAUAAACUUGUGAUAACCUCUAUAACCUCUGUAGUUUAAAAGUUAAGAACUUACAAAGAUGUCACAUGUCAAGUUAACAUCCAGUUCUACUUAACCUUUUUUUCCUUUGUAAAACAGCACUUUAGUUAGACAUGAUUUAAUUAGAUACAGUUAUUCUAUGGCUGCAUAUAUAUUAGAUUUCACUUACAGGAUGUUGAUUCAGUGUUGAUAUACAUUUGAAAAGAGUGAGGAAAACAGUAAGUUUUGAAUACUGUAGGUUUACAAGUUUUCUUACUGGUGUGAAUAUGGAGUUAAAAAUCCAGUUUACAUCUCUGCAGAGAGAAAAAUUGUUAUCCAUAUGUCUUUUUAUCGUAUACAUAUUUAACUAGAGAUAAUUUAUUGUUAAUUUUGUCAAAUUAUCAUGUGUAAGUCCCGUUUAUUUUAAAAUACUAAGCAAAAAGUUCCAAGUUUGCCUUAAAAACAAGUGAAAUUAAAGAACUGGAUGAUAAUGCCUAUAUUUUUGCCUUAUGAAUUGUGCUGUAUCAUAAACCAGAGAUGGUUUUGAUUUUAACAGGAUUAUGAAAUUUUGUAGAUGUAGAGUACUAAUAUUUGUACUCUUGCAAAGAAUGUGAUCUAGUUGUGGAUUAUGUUAGUGUUUAAAUGUUUUUGUAUAUGUAUUUUACCUCUGAAUAUGUAUCUUUUUAGCAUCAGGGUUUUCUUUUGUUUUUGUUUACAGAGUAAAGUGGCAUUUAACUUGUUGAAGGUUGUAUUCCUUUGUCUUUUAUUUUUAAAGUUCUUUGUGUGUACUAUUGUGGUUAUGCUCUGUAUUGACUAUGGUUAAAUUUCAUUUAAUGUGAAAUAUUUAAAAUAAAUACGAAAAACAAGA